AUGCAGAAAAAUGAGCUGGCCAAACAAAUACGUAGUUUGAGAGACGAGGUGAAGGCGUCUAUUGAGCAGGCUAACAACAGAGUUAGCAUGCUGGAGGAGCGCAUGGCUAGCUUGGAGGAGGGGACCAACACGUGCUCUGAUGGCGUAACGGAGUUGGAGCAACAGGAUGGGGACACUAUCCGAAUUUUCCCGGAUUUUACGCAAAGUGUAGCACGGCAGAGAGCAGCGUUCGGACCAGCGCGACAGAUCCUGAGGCAGUGCGAAGGGGUGAAGUAUGGACUUUUGUAUCCAGCAAGAUUGAAGAUCACCACCCCCGACGGCGUGCAGCAGAUGUUCUCGGACCCGGUGAAGGCGACAGCGUUUGCCAAGGGACUGAUGGCGCCAUGA